AUGACAGAACUGCGGUUCACAAAGGAUGGGAUUCCAAUCUAUGAUGGAAGUGCAGAGCUCUACAUUCCAUUUCGUCGUGCAGCAUUGAACUAUGUGGAGACGCUGGAGUGGAAGAAGCGGCCAUUAGCUGGCCCACGUUUACAGGCUGCACUGGAGGGGUCUGCACGGAUUGCUGUGCAGCACAAACCUCCGGGAUGGAUCAGCCAUGAAGGGGGUGCUGCCCAACUUCUCGAUUUCCUCAAGUCAAGAGUUCAAGCGCCAACAUUGGCCGAAGCUGGAAAAACAAUCAGCAAGUUUUUCUACCAAGUCAAAAGGCGUCGUGGGGAAUCGAUGAAUGCUUGGAUAGUGCGGCAUGAUGAAGCACUCUACGAGGCUCGCCGUACCCUGGCAGAAGCGAUUCAAGAAUAUGCACCGGUGCAUUCAGUGGGAGAAUCAUCCUCUGUCAGGGCCUCCCUCAAGAAGGUGGCGACAUCAUCAAUGGCAGCGUCAUGGCAAGGAAGUCGUCGAGAUGACUUCUCUCCAGUCCGUGGCGAUAGUCCCUUUGAUGACAAUGGUCGCAUGCGUGAUGAUGAAGGUGAAGGAGCUGACUGGGAAGAUCAUGAAUCAACUCCAGCAGCCCCGCAAGAGUCAUGGCAGAAUCCAUGGUGGAGUCAGCAGCAAUGGUGGCAAUGGGACCGAGAUCGUGAUGACAGCUGGUCGCGACAUCAGUGGCGUCAGCCCAACGAGACGCCAUCCUUGAAGUACGGUGUCUCCUCCCAAGCUUCUGCUGAGGCUGACAAGUUUCUGCCAGACUUCGUGGUAGCUUGGAUGUUGCUGCAAAGGUCAAACUUAGAUGGGGCUGAGCGUGCCACCAUUAUCUCAAGCUUGAAGAACGAGUUCACCACCUCCAGAGUGACUGAGGCACUUCGUCUCAACUGGCCUGAGGAUGAUCUCAAACGCAGAGACCAAUCUCGAGGAUCAGCCUUGCUUGUUGAUGAUCAUGAGGACAUACUACUUCAUGAUGAAGAACUAGACGAAGUUCCUGAAGAUCUGGAGGAGGAAGCUCGUCAAGAGUACAUCCACCUCACCCGUGAGAUCGAGUCAGCACAUCAAGCUAUCCAGCACCAUCGGAGGACUCUCAAAGAAGCUCGAGAACGACAGACCUUCAUGAGAAAAAGCCGCCAGUUCUAUCCAGCCAGGCGUGAGACAAAUGUGAAAUGGAAAAGUGAUCAUGAGCCCAAAUGUUUCCGUUGUGGUGGAAAUCACACCACCGCCAACUGUCCUCAGAAGGACAAGAACUCCAAACCUGCCAGCGCCAAUGUCGGGCAGGAAGUUCAUUUCACUUUUGUGACAGAGCCAGAGGCUAUGGAGAACAAGCCUGAGGUGCCUACCCAAGAUGCGUUCAGCCUUCACUCCCUUGUGAAUGCUGGCAAAGCCAUCAUUGAUGGGGGAGCGACAGCAUCGGUGGGUUCAGCUGAUGCUUUGGAUCAAGUGCAGCGAAUCAACCAGGAACUGGGAAAGAAGAGGGAUGUGACACUGGAUUUCAAUAGUAGCCCUAGCUUCCGUUUUGGCAACAAUGGCAAGACGCAGUGCCUGAGUACGGCCCAGCUGGAGGUUCCCUUGGCCGAGAAAACCGGAAAAAUGAAGAUCCAUGUUCAUGACAUUCCUCAGCAGCCAGUUCUUCUGAGCAUCGCAGCUCUUCGUUCGCUGGGUGCAGUCAUUGAUUUCUCCGAUGACACCUGCAUUCUGAAGCACAUUGAUGCCUCCCGAGUGAUUCAGCUGGAACGUGCCACCAGUGGGCACCAGGUGAGAUCGGAUUUUCAGCUUCUCACAGCACUCAAGCCCGUGAAGAGCCCACCGAACCAGCUGUUGGCGGCGAUGCCCUCCAUGACCAAGGAGAAUUUGACCGAGGCGAUCAAGGGCUUCGGGGAGACGCCUCCGGGAUCCUGGAACAAGCAACAGCUGACAGCACGGUUGGCAGAGCUCAAGGCCGAAAAGGGCAUGAGCCUCGAGGAGACUUACAAGAUGAUGGUGGUGGCUCUCAACAAGGCAGCCAAGAAGAAAAGCGAUUUGCAGUACCACCUGCAACAUGUCCUGAAGAAGCAGAUCACCGGCAACGAGACCAUUCCCAAGCUGCUCGCCCUGGGACAACAGGCAAUCCAGGAGGGCUUGCCUCCAACUCCACUGGACGUGAUGGGUUUCGGCGUCCAUGCGGAGGAGACCUACGAGAACGUCCUCAAGAAGUUUCCACAGUAUGCCCAAUGGUGCCUCACGACAGCCUCCGAAGAGGAUGUCAAUUGGCGCAUGAAGCGCUUCCUACUGUGGAUCAGCCAACAGGAGGUGGGCACCAUCUACAUGUCAGAGACCAUGGCCAAGCAGCUGCAGGAACGCUUCGAGCAGAACAAGAUCCGACAGCCUGCGCACCUCGUGGGUUCGGGCCUCUCUUCAGGCUACAAGUCUUACGAGAACACCGAGGGAUCCUUCUCCCUGAUGAGCAGUCCGGAACUGAAGGACACAUGGUCCUCCGAGGACGAGCACAAGACGGAGAAGAAGGUGGAAGCCCUAGAGGAGCAGAUCCGAGAGAUCCGACGUCAGCAAGCUCUGGCGCGCAAGGAUCCCAAGAUGAAGGUCGACUCGGAUGCGCAGGAGCUCAAGAACCGCAAGACCGGACAGAAAGUCUGUCGCCAGACCGCGUUUUACACGCCCGAAUUUGCAAAAAGAGUGAUCAGCCAUUUGAGCGUGGGAAAUAGAUGGGACCAAGUGGCAAAUGAACUCACUGAUGGCUGUGACACACGUGGAGUGAAUUUAGUGGCUAGGGAUCAAGUACAUGUUAUCCAUGACGAGAAGGAUCAGGAAGGAGACCCCAAAGAGGAGGGAGCCAACAACCCCAUGAACGGUUCUACUAGUAGGUUACCAGAUUUUGGGGAGGAGAACAUGUCACAUGCCAUGCCAGCCACCAAGGGAGUAGAACACAUGGAAAUCACUGACAAGGAAUAUGAAGAGAUCAUGUCCAGACUUCGGAAAAUUCACUCAGCUACCGGGCACUGCAGUCGGCAGUACCUGGUAAGACCGGCUCGAGUGUUAGCCACAGAGACCAAAAAGGAUUCCUCAGGAAACCUGAGUCCUGGAAACAUAGUCUGGAUUUUUCGUGGUAGUCGCCUAAUUCGUGCAGCUCCUCAGCAACUCAGAAGAGCCAGUGAUAGAGAAGAAGCCUGGUGUGAGCUCCAAGAGAAUCAGGUGAUCCCAUGGACCACCUCCAGCAUUCUUGAGCACUCACAGAGGAAGACCUUUGAAGACAUCACUGCAGAAACGCCCACAGAGACUGAGGACGUUGACUGGGAUAUGGCAGAAGCUCCAAAACUGGAAUCUUCUGAACGACAGCCAGCAGUUCGCCGAAGCCGACCAUCAGCUGAGAUUGCUCGGCCUUCAAAGCAAUUGCGAUCCAGAGCACAUCAAGAGCCACCUCCGGAGGACCACAGUUUGUUGGCCAUGGUGGCUCCUGAACCGUCAAAACAUCUGGAGGACUCAAUGGGAUGUUUAGAAGUCGCAAUAGACUUGCCUCCACCAAAGACCGCCAAGAAAGGUUUUUGGAUACGAGAUUUUGACACCUUUGUCCUCAACCAGGUGAAGAAAAAUCAUGUGGAAGUCUCCGAAAGAAGACUUUCCAAAGAAGAACUAGAACAAUUUGAAGGUGCCAAACAGAAGGAGAUCAAGAACUACAUCCUAGCAAAAGUGUUUGCCAAAGUUCCUUUGGAGCAAAGACCUGAUGCCGAUCAAGUUCUGAAAAUGCGCUGGGUCCUGACCUGGAAAGUAGAUCCAGAGACAGAGGCUCGCAAGGCAAAAGCAAGAGCAGUGAUCCUUGGGUAUCAGGACCCUCUUUAUGAAACAAGACCUACCGCGAGUCCUACCAUGACCAGAGCUACAAGACAGCUCUUCCUCACUAUGUGUGCAGCCAAAAAGUUUCUGGUGGAAAAGGGUGACGUCUCAGGAGCAUUUCUCCAAGGACGAGACUGCAAGGACAACAUCUAUGUUCAACCUCUCAAAGAGAUUUGUGCAGCACUGGGUUUGCCUGAAGGCAGCAUCACUCGCCUAACUAAGGCAGCAUAUGGCCUAGUGCAGGCGCCACUGGAAUGGUAUCUCACAGUAGAUGAAUUCCUGAGAUCCCUAGGUUUUGAACGCCAAAAAUCUGACCCUUGUGCGUGGAGCUUGUUUGACAAGGACAACGAGCCAAUCGCAUACAUCUGCGGACAUGUUGACGAUUUUCUUUUUGGAGGUCGGGAAUCAGAUCCCAGAUGGCAUCAAAUCAAGGCAAAGAUCAAAGAGCGUUUUCAGUGGGGACAGUGGGAAUCAAAGCAGUUCACACAAUGUGGUGUGGACAUUGCUCAAAAUUCCGACUAUAGCUUCACUCUUUCACAGCCAAGCUUCCUGGACCAAGUUUCAGAAAUACAUCUGAGCAAGCAGCGCUUCAAGGACAAAGAUCUUCCCUCCACGCAGGAUGAGAAGAAGCAAAUGCGUAGCGUGCUUGGGUGUCUCUCUUGGCAUGCGGGACAACUGGCCAUGGAGCUUAGCGCUCCAGUGAGCCUUCUCCUCUCCAAGAUCAAUAGUGCCACCGUGGAAGACGUGAUUGAAGUGAACAAAAUCGUGAAGAAAGCAAAGAGUCGAAGCAAGCAGGCCAUGCUGAUUCAUUGCCUUGAUCCUCAAGAUCUUCUGAUAGCAGCGUGGGUAGAUGCCGCACAUGCAAAUAGGACUGAUCUAAGUAGCACAAAGGGAAUACUGAUUGGAUGCACAUCAUCAAAGUUACUGGAUGGUCACUUAGAAGUAGUGAAUCCUCUGUUCUGGUGUUCAUCAAAGAUCACCCGAGUUUGCCGGUCAAGUGCUUCAGCAGAGACGAGAGCAGCAGUGGAUGGUGAAGAUCAAAUGUACGCUCUUCGUUUUCAACUCAGUGAGUUCCGUGGAUUCGCAGCAAAUCCAUGGCAGCCUGAUGAAACAGUGAACCACACAGCAGGUGUGCUGAUCUCCGACAGCAAGAACCUCUUCGAUAGGCUUUCACAAACUAUGUUGACGUUGAAGGGUGCAGAGAAACGUUCCGACAUCGAGUGGCGUAUCAUCUACGAUCAAUCCCUGAUGUCAGGCAAGAAGAGAAAGAGUCUAGGAUUGGGAGCUUUGGAAACUCAACAAGCUGAAGACCAGCUUCAGGCCGGCGAGGAGAAGGUCGUCACCGGGAUCUCAGGGCGUGCGAAAUUCACCACAGGGGGCCGAGGCAUCACCGCUCCUGGAAAGCUGUGUUUCUGGCUUCAAUACCUGUGGACGGACAGCAACGGUGGCGCCGCCGCGGGCAAGGAUCUUCCCAUCCUCGCCUUGUGGGAACUGAUUUCCAAAUCCAGCCGCAACGUCAAACAUGCGCCCGGCUCGCCGGUCGAAACACCAACACCAAGCCCCGUGGCGCGGAAGGUUAGCGUCACUGGACCCGGCGGCAGUUGGAUCCUGACGCAGAAGGUGGGGAAAAGAAUGUGGAACGAUUGGAAAAUCCGCCGACCCCGGCCUUCGCCAAGGCCGGGGCGGCGCCUGGGACCACCGGAGGUGUGGAUCCUGUCUUUCUUGAACCCUUGCCACGCCCAACGCUGCAGGCAAAAGCCACCACAAGGCCACAGCAAUGGCUCAAGAGCACCCCACGGCCGCAGCAAUGGCUUCUUUUAUAGGCGUUCAAGGCUGCCGUUUGCCAGGCCUCAAACCCUCCAAACUUUCCAACUCCUCCAAAAGUUUGCCCAACUCCGCAGGGAAAAGGUACCCCAACAAGCCCAACACGCGCCACGCCCGCAGGCAAAAGCCACCACAAGGCCACAGCAAUGGCUCAAGGGCACCCCCCGGCCGCAGCAAUGGCUGCUUAUAGGCGUUUAA